AUGCGUGCUUCUGCAAUCUGCCUCCUAGUCUUAUCAAUGCAUGUCUCAUCUCAUCCAAGCGCUUCUGACCUGACCCAGUCUUUCCGGGCGCUAUCGAGCCUGUCGUACAAAAGACAAACCAGCUCCGUUCCUUCACAGUGCGCCUCAGUCUGCGAUCCUGUCCAAAAUGAAGAGAACGCUGGAUACCCUAAGACCACAUCUUGCACCCACUCCUUUGAAAAAAGCUACUACGACUGCCUCUUAUGCGUCGGCACUGCAGUGGAUGUUACAGAUUACACACAGGCACAAGCCGGUCUAGAUCAACUCUACGUCUCUUGCUACGAUCACGGCUAUUCACUCGAACGACGAACUCUCCCUGGUCAAGACCUAUCCCUCGUUCGCAGAACUUCUACCGUUGCUGAUACUUCAACUACGUCCGUGUCGGCACUUACUAGUACAUCAGUGUCGUCACCUACAUCCCUGUCGUCAUCUACAUCCGUGUCGUCACCUACGUACUCGCCACCUACCUCCGCGUCGUCAUCUACAUCCGCAUCGUCAUCUACAUCCGUGUCGUCAUCUACGUACUCGUCACCUACCUCCGUGUUGUCAUCUACGUCCCCGUCACCUACCUCCGUGUCGUCAUCUACGUCCUCGUCACCUACAUCCGUGUCGUCAUCUACAUCCUUGUCGUCAUCUACGUCAGUGUCGGCACAUACAUCCGUGUCGGCACCUACAUCCACGUCGGCACCUACAUCCGUGUCGUCACCUACGUCCGUGUUAGCAUCUACGUCCAUCUCACAGACCUCUAUACUACCAAGUGCUUCGCUCACCACCAUUGGGACGUCGCUCGACGGCGUUGCGACUUCGGCUGCGUCCACGACCACGCCUGCAAGCUCAAAUGCUGCGCUGGGGCUAAGCGUAGGAGGAAGCGGGGUCUGGGCUUUGGUUGCUGCUGCUAUAGAAUUGAUCGUGCUGCGGAAUAACUGA